ACAAUAGGGCAAUAGCGUAUUAGUACUGCGGAGUCCCCACACCGGAACGAGCUCUUCCCUGCACUCUUGUUUCUCGAAGCCCCGUGCGAUUGUCCCUCGCCGACUCUUCUCCAAUUUUGCGCGCCAUCUCGCAUACCCAAGCGAUUACGAACCAGAGCUGCUCGAAUCGGUGAUUCCAUCAUGGGUUUUUUCCUCAUUUCGUUGUAUUUCUUGCUGUCGGGGUUAGUGGGAUCGUUGUGCGUCAAGGUCUGCUACAACAAGGGCCCGAGCACCAACAUGCUCAACGUAGUGCUCGUGAAUACUGCGGUUAUAUGCUGUUGGCUUAUGUGGGCAAUUGUAUGGCUGGCACAGUGGAAGCCACUUAUCAACCCUGUAUUGAAAGCUGAAGGCGAGUAGUGAUAGCUCAUAGAUUAUAUUAGAAUGGUUUCAAACGAACCCAAUAAUGAAAACUGUGUGCUUAUGGUUCAUCAACUCAUCAUGUCAGGAGGUCUACAUAUAGAUUUCUGAGCAUUGGGGGUGCCCCUUUUGUUGUGAUUUGAGAGGUUCAAAGAAACUUUGUUAAUUAAAGAAGAAUGCAAAUGAAAACACAGGAGAAUUCACCAACUAGAGCUUUUUUUCAAGUCAGGUGCAUGUGAGUUUCCCAAGUUAUUUAACUUAAAUUAUGACAUCGAAUUAUAUACUUUUCGAUCUAGGGAAGUUACCCAAUA